AUGGAUCCAGCAGCAUUAGCCGGCCUCACGAUCUACAACUUCCCGCCUAUGCCGCCAAAAUGGGAUAGAAUUGGCAUAUUCUACAUCACGUUCUGCGCAACAUGGACAGCAAUCGUCUUUGCGGGUAUGGCCUUCCUCUGGGCCAACCGGAGAAACCCCAUCUUGAGACUCCGCGGCCUACCUCUUGCCUUUGGUUCCAUUAUCUUCCUGCACUUGUAUUGGUGUAUGGCUCAGAUUACAUACCCCAUCGGCGGAACGAUGCCUGUGGUCAUUGCGUACGACGCUCAAUACUUUGUGAUGGGCAUCUGGUUCCCGCUCGGUAUCGCGUGCUUCCACGCCUCUAACAGCAGGUUUCUGCACGUCGCGAAGUUGCAGAGGCUUCACUUCACUGGCACCGGCGGUGGUAGUAUCCGAAGAGGAUGCAAUGGUUCGAAGACGUCGUGGCUAUGUCGCUUCAGGAAUAUGGACUAUGGGAGGAGAAUUCUGAUUCUCAUCGGCAUUGGUGCGAUAUUCCAGUGCCUACUCACAACCGGCAUGUGGGUUGCCUGCAAGAAGUACCACCCUACCUUCGGCAUCCCCGGCACAGAGAUCCGCGGAGACAAUAUAGUAGAGCAAUUGAUUGACCUGGGCCGCGGAUGGGAGUGGUGGCCAACCCUCCUUUGGCAGUUCAUUUGGACUUGGAUUGUUGCGCCGACACUCAUCUGGCGGGCAUGGAGUAUUCGAGAUACAAUGGGAUGGCGAACUCAGACCAUCGGUUGCUGCCUUUCAGGUCUUCAUGCGACACCGAUGUUUCUCAUUGCAUCAUAUGUACCAGCCUUUAACACCAUCAACAUGUACUUCCCUCCAAGCCAAUGGAUUCAUCUCUCAACCAUGAUGUUUGAGAUUUUCACGAUUUUUGUCCCACUCUUCCAAAUCAUUCGACUCCGCAUCCUCCUCAGGAACGUCACGGAAGCCAACGCAAAAUGGGAGACUGAAUCACAGACAACACUCAGGGCGUCGACUGUAACGUCGUUCCAUGGCAAGAAACAUCCAGUCUCUUCCAGCCAAGCUGAAAAGGGGCAGCCGAUUGUCUGCCAAACGGAUUCCGCCGACAUUGGUACAGAUAUUGAUAGUCGUCUAUUGACAAUGACCGCACUCGAUCACGCUUUAAGGGAGAAUCAGGGCGCGUUGCAGGAGUUUUCUGCCCUCAGCGACUUCUCCGGCGAGAACAUUGCCUUUCUCGCUCGCGUCUCCGAAUGGAAGUCGAGAUCCUGGCCGAAUGCCAUUUCGGAUUCGGAAUCUCGCGAGUCUCUCGCUCAAGAAGAGAAACUUGAUGCAUACAAUCUCGCCCUCCAGAUUUACGCCGACUUCAUCUCUCUGGAGCAUGCUGAUUUCCCUCUGAACCUUCCAUCACAGGAUAUGAAGCAGCUGUUCCGGGUAUUUGACAAGCCUGCCCGCAUCUUGUUUGGGGAAGACGCUUCUGUCAACACUGCUGUCCCCUUCGAUGACGCUUACCUUAGAUCACGCACAGGGUCAAGCUCGGGAAGCAGCGGUGAUAUCCGGCAUCAAGCUCGCUACACCGGUGAUAUCCCCGCGGGAUUCAGCUCUACGGUGUUUGAUAGCGCACAACACCACAUCAAGUAUCUUGUGUUGACAAACACCUGGCCUAAGUUUGUCCGGGAGAUGCACUCCAGGCGACGGUCCAGCGAGACCAGCCGGAGUGUUAUGACAGCCGAGACAACAAAAUCCGAGUCUUCUCUUCUGACCAAAGUCUCGAGUAGUGUCUCGAGCCUUCUGAGAUCUGUCAAGGCUAUUUAG